UCUGCCGCUAACGGCAGCAGGAGAAGAGCAGUCGUUACAAAACCAAUGCUGAGCUGCGGGACUUAACUGCGGCGAAUCGAUACUACAGCUGUGUUUGCACUGCUACGAAUGGGCUUUGACAGGUUCUGUAGUGUAGACGGUUCCGAUCCAUUUUGGGAUUGGAACCAUACCUGGUACACUGCAAACCCAGACCUCACCCAGUGUUUUCAGAACACUGUCCUUGUGUGGCUGCCAUGCCUCUACCUCUGGAUAUGUGCCCCCAUCUACCUCAUCUACCUCCGUAGCAAUGACCGCGGUUACAUAUGUAUGAGCGUCCUCAACAAAGCUAAGACUGCGGUCGGUUUCCUUUUGUGGAUGAUUUGCUGGUCAGAUGUUUUCUAUUCUUUCUGGGAAAGAAGUUAUGGUAGCAGUGUUCCGGCACUCGUCUACAUAGUCAGUCCAACCUUACUGGGCCUCACCAUGUUGCUGACCACACUGUUAAUCCAGUAUGAGCGUAUGAAAGGGGUUCAGUCUUCUGGAGUGCUGCUGAUCUUCUGGCUGUUGGCACUGCUCUGUGCCACAGUCACCUUCAGGUCCAAAAUCCUCCAGGCCCUCAACAAGUCACCUGUGUGUCUGUGGACGUACACAACCUUUUACAGCUAUUACGCUCUGUUGCUGGUGGCUCUGAUCCUGUCCUGCUUCACUGACCAACCACCGCUCUUCCUCCAGGCUGUAAAAGACUCGAAUCCCUGCCCUGAGGCUGGAGCUUCUUUCCUCUCCAGAAUAACCUUUUGGUGGAUCACCAGUAUGAUUGUGACGGGGUACAGGCGCCCUCUGGAGGAGAAGGACCUGUGGUCUCUGAAUAUGGACGACUGCUCACAUCGAGUCGUUCCCCAGCUGGUGCAUCGCUGGAACUCUGAGUGCCAGAAGGUCAAAAGGACAGAGCAGAGAACGCUGUACUCCCCGCGGCCGCUCCCACGCACUGAUAGCAAAGAGAGUCGACCGCUGGAGGAGUCUGAAAUCUUGAUUUUAAACCCAGAGAAGAAAACAAAGGAGUCGUCCCUGUUCCGCGCUCUGUGUCUGACCUUCGGGCCCUACUUUCUCAUCUCAUGUCUUUAUAAGAUUAUCCAGGACAUCCUCAUGUUUGUGGGGCCGGAAAUCCUCAGGCUGCUGAUCCACUUUGUUAACGACUCCAGCGCCCCCUCCUGGCAAGGCUACUUCUAUACGGCUCUGCUCUUCAUAUGCACCUGUGUGCAGUCGCUCAUCCUUCAGAAGUACUUCCACGUGUGCUUUGUCUCAGGCAUGCGUCUGCGCUCUGCCGUCAUUGGAGCUGUCUACAGGAAGGCUCUGGUUAUCAGCAGCGCAGCGAGGCGCAGCUCCACAGUGGGAGAGAUCGUCAACCUGAUGUCUGUGGACGCUCAGCGCUUCAUGGACCUCAUCACUUACAUCAACAUGAUAUGGUCUGCUCCCCUGCAGGUGGUGCUGGCCCUCUAUUUUCUGUGGCAGAACCUGGGUCCGUCUGUUCUGGCCGGAGUGGCUGUGAUGGUCCUGAUGGUUCCUGUGAAUGCCGUCAUCGCCAUGAAAACCAAAACUUACCAGGUGGCUCAGAUGAAGAGUAAGGACAAUCGUAUUAAGCUGAUGAACGAGAUGCUGAAUGGUAUCAAGGUGCUGAAACUGUACGCCUGGGAACUGGCCUUCAAGAAGAAGGUGUCAGAGAUCCGUGAAAGUGAACUGAAGGUCCUGAAGAAGGCUGCCUACAUGGGAGCAAUGUCCACCUUCACCUGGGUUUGUGCACCUUUCCUGGUCGCCCUCUCCACGUUCACUGUGUACGUGCUGAUCGAUGAACGCAAUGUCCUCGAUGCCCAGAAGGCCUUCGUGUCACUGGCACUCUUCAACAUCCUGCGCUUCCCUCUCAACAUGCUGCCCAUGGUUAUCAGUAGUAUGGUGCAGGCCAGUGUGUCCUUGAAACGUCUCAGAGUGUUUCUCUCACACGAGGAGCUGCAGGAAGACAGCGUGGAGCACAAAGCGUUAGCAGGCUCUCCACACAGUAUCUCUAUAGUGGACGGGGUUUUCAGCUGGUCCAGCACCGAGUCACCAACACUGAAGAGGUUAAAUGUGUGUAUACCAGAAGGAUCUCUGGUGGCUGUGGUGGGACACGUGGGUUCAGGGAAGUCCUCGUUGCUUUCUGCUCUGCUUGGAGAAAUGGAUAAACUGGAAGGAACGGUGUCAGUAAAGGGACUCGUGGCUUAUGUUCCUCAGCAAGCAUGGAUUCAGAAUUCCACUCUGAGAGAGAACAUUGUGUUUGGUCAGGAGUGGAGAGAGACCUGGUAUCAGCAGGUGUUGGAGGCAUGUGCCCUUCAGCCCGACCUUCAGGUCCUUCCUGCUGGGGAUGAGACUGAGAUUGGAGAGAAGGGAGUGAAUCUGUCCGGAGGUCAGAAGCAGAGAGUGAGUUUAGCCAGAGCGGUUUACUGUGAGCGGGCUGUGUACUUGCUGGACGACCCACUUUCUGCUGUUGAUGCUCACGUGGGAAAACACAUCUUCAGUCAAGUUAUUGGUCAACAGGGACUACUGAAGGACAAGACUCGUGUGCUGGUGACCCACGGGUUGAGCUACCUGCCCCAGGUGGACCUGAUCCUGGUGAUGGUGGAGGGACAGAUUACAGAGAUGGGCUCCUACCAGCAGCUCAUGGCCACAGACGGAGCCUUCGCUGAGUUCCAGCGAACAUAUGCUACUGUUGACCCCACACACAUCAAUGAAUCCUCAGCAGAGACUGGAACCAAAGGAAUAGAAAAUGGCAGCGUGGCUGCUCUUACUGGCAGCAGUCAAGAUGUCUCACACGAGUCAAAGCUGUCCCAGGAGGAGAAGGACACCAACCACAUUUCUAAGAAUCCAGAGGUGGGCAAGUUGACCGAUGCCGACAAGGCCAGGACUGGACAGGUCAAACUGUCUGUAUUCUGGGCCUAUGUGAAAGCCAUUGGAGCACUUCUGUCCCUGAUCAGUCUGAUACUGUUCCUCACCCAUCACAUGCUGUCCCUCUUCUCCAACUACUGGCUGAGCCUUUGGACUGACGACCCCGUGGUUAAUGGAACUCAACCGGACAGACAGUGGAGACUCGGAGUGUAUGGUGCUCUCGGUUUGUCCCAGGGUGUCGCAGUGUUCGGAUACUCCCUCUCCAUGUCCAUCGGGGGCAUCCUGGCCUCUCGGUGCCUCCACCAGUCCAUGCUGCACAAUGUUCUACGCUCACCUAUGUCCUUUUUUGAGCGCACCCCCAGUGGCAACCUGGUGAACCGCUUUGCCAAGGAGAUGGACACCAUCGACACGUUGAUCCCCAGCAGUAUUAAGAUGUGCAUCGGCUCCAUGUUCCACGUGUUGGGCUCUUGUAUCGUCAUCUUUGUUGCCACACCGCUGGUAGCUGUCAUUAUUCCCAUCGUUGGUCUGCUCUACGUCUUUGUGCAGAGGUUUUAUGUGGCAUCAUCUCGUCAGCUGAAGCGUCUGGAGUCAGUCAGCCGUUCACCCAUCUACUCCCACUUCAGUGAAACGUUGCUGGGAACCUCUGUGAUCCGGGCGUUUGGGGAACAGCAGCGCUUCAUCACUGAAAGUGACCGCAGGGUGGACCACAACCAGAAGGCUUACUACCCCGGCAUCGUGGCAAACAGGUGGCUGGCAGUCCGCCUGGAGUUUGUUGGAAACUGCAUCGUGUCGUCUGCUGCUUUGUUUGCUGUCAUCGCCCGAGAGAGUCUCAGUCCCGGCAUCAUGGGUCUGUCCAUUUCUUACGCCCUGCAGCUGACUGCGUCUCUGACCUGGCUGGUGAGGAUGUCCUCUGACGUGGAGACAAACAUUGUAGCUGUGGAAAGAGUCAAAGAGUAUCAUGACACAGAGAAAGAGGCGGAGUGGACGCUGGACGACUCGCCCACUCUGCCCACAGGUUGGCCCACGAAUGGCUGCAUCGACAUCAGAGGGUUCGGCCUGCGCUACCGCCACGAUCUCGACCUGGCCAUUCGCAACAUCACUAUCAGCAUCGAUGGAGGAGAGAAGGUGGGGAUAGUGGGGCGCACUGGAGCAGGGAAGUCGUCCCUCACUCUCGGGCUGUUCCGGAUCAUCGAGGCGGCCGAGGGCCACAUCUUCGUGGACGGAGUGGACAUUUCUCAGCUGGGCCUCCACGAGCUCCGCUCCAGAAUCACCAUCAUCCCACAGGACCCAGUGCUGUUCUCAGGCUCCCUCAGGAUGAACCUGGAUCCUUUUGACAUUUACUCUGAUGAGGACGUGUGGCAGGCCCUGCAGUUCUCUCAUCUCGCCAACUUUGUGUCCGGGCUUCCCAAAAAACUCAGUCAUGAUUGUAGUGAAGGAGGAGAGAACCUCAGUGUGGGUCAGCGACAGCUGCUGUGCUUGGCCAGAGCUUUGCUGAGGAAGACCAAGAUCCUGGUUUUAGACGAGGCCACAGCAGCAGUGGACAUGGAGACAGACAAUCUGAUUCAGUCCACGAUCCGCUCUCAGUUCAUGGACUGCACUGUUCUGACGAUAGCUCAUCGCCUGAACACAGUCAUGGACUACAGCCGGGUUCUGGUGUUGGAAAAGGGUGAGAUGGUGGAGUUUGACUCUCCUUCUAACCUCAUCACUCAGAGAGGAGCCUUUUACAAUAUGGCCGUGGACGCUGGUGUGGUCUGAAGCAGGAGGAGUCUUCACCUCUGAGCCUCUCUCAGCUCACAAGGCUCCUGGAGUGAGAGAGACACAUAAAGAAGGAGCUUAUUUCACUCUAGUGAGGACGCUGUUCAUGAACAUGAAAGUCCAGACGUGUCACUGUUGGCACAUAUCUGCGACUGUAUUGUAUUCUUGUUUGUGAUAAGAACGUAGAACUCGGCCGUAGCUUUGCUUGAGCAGUGUGAAGAGCUUUGUAGCUGAGGUGACAGCAGUGAAGUCAACAGAAGACACUGAUGAUUUGUAAAAAAUGAAAUCCUAAGUGCCAAAUAUAUUUGUUUUCAGUACAUGGGUGAGAAGAUGGAGAGGCACAGCGCUCUCACAGCAGUGCCUCACAUCAUGUUACAACUGCUGCUUAUGGCUUUACAUGGGUUUGCUGUUACUGUUGGAAUGUCAGAAAACUGCUGAUGUCACAAGUUUUACUGCACUGAACACACACACACACGUAUGGUCCUGUUCCACUGUGGUCUCGCCUCGACGCCUUCUGGAUCCAAAAUCAAAAUCAAUAAUUAUCAGCGGGAUUGUUUCUAGAGAAACCACAAACCGCUCUGAAUGGCCGCUCAUGCGUCCACUGAUGACCCUGCAGUCAAACAGUUAUUUCCUGCUCUACAAAAGCAGCCAUUUCCUCCAGGUCCACCUGCUUCUUUCUGCAGAAAAGUUUUCUUUCGAGGCGAGACGAGACGAGACGAGGCGGGGCGGUGGAAACACGCGUGACAGAAGUUUGAAAAGAAACAUGAAAGUUUUACCUGCUGAGUUCCUUCAAACACGUUGUGCAUGUGUACCUGGAGGAAUCCAUGCUGCUCACACCAAAUACUGAUUUGAUUUAGAUUAGAAAUGAAAGCAUUCUUACUGUUUGCCCACAACGAUAUAGAUGCUGUAUUUCGAACAGUGCAGACGUUUACCAUGCUGUCACACGGUCAUCCACUCAAAGCUUCACCACUGCUGCUGUGGUAAGCUGGGUGGAAAUGGCCAAAACCUAAAUUGUUGUUUUCUAAACCAUUUAAAUCACAAACACGUCACAGUUGCAUGUAUUUAUACCUCAAAGAUUGUAGCGUGUGCUGUGUGUGAGCGUUGCAUUGAUAUAGAAUGAGAUACUGUGUAAUGAACCUGUUUUAUUGUGAUUGAAGACUCUUUUAUUCGACCACCAAAGCCACAGCUGUAACAGUUAUUAUUUCUGAAACUGAAAUAAUAUUUUAAUGCUAAGAUAUAAUUAUUAUUAUUGUUGUUUUAUAAAAAACAGAAACAUAGUUAGGUACACACAUUAUUUCUUGAUAAUGUCAAACAUUGUUGAGCACUAUAUACAUUGUUAUAUUGUAAGUGAAUGAUUGCCCCAUCUCCAGUUGUGAAGCAUCUGGAGAUGGAAUAGAAUAUUUGUCUCGUGCAUAUUUAUCAGUACAAAAAUGUUUCAACUGCUUUUCUUUGUAUUCAAAUUGGAAAUAAAUAAAAAAAAGAUGUCUUGUA